AUGGCAGUGUCUUUUACUCUUUUAACAUUCAUCCUAUGCUUUUUUAUUGGGAUAGUUUAUGCAGAAUUUUCUCCUAUUUCUUAUCUCAGUGCUGAAUUGUGUGCUGCUGGUGCCGUUGGCUCAAAAGUCAUAACGAAAAAUGAUUUAGAAUACAAUGAUGCUAGAAUGGGAGAACGAAUUAGGAAACAAAGAUAUCCUUUGGUCAUUGCAUAUCCAAUGAAUUCAACCCAAGUUCAGAGUUUAGUAUUAUGCGCAGUGUUUUGGAAGAAAACUCCUUGUGUAAGAAAUGGUGGUCACAGCAAUGAAGGGUAUUCAUCGAUUGAUGAUUCGAUUGUCAUUGAUCUCAAAUAUAUGAACAAUGUUGAAUAUGAUCCCACUUCAGGAAUAGCUACAGUUCAAGGCGGAAUAAGACUUGGACCAUUAUAUCUAGAACUUGAUAAAUAUCAACAAACUAUUAUAUCAGCCGAUGGACCAACAGUUGGUUUAUCAGGUUCCAUUGCUUCGGGAGGAUUUGGAAUACAGUCUCGUAAAUACGGUGUUGCUGGUGACUUUGUCGUUGAAGCAGAAGUAAUUUUAGCAAAUGGAACGAUUGUUACAGCAAGUGAUUCAUCAAAUCCAGAUUUAUUCUGGGCAUUAAGAGGUGGUGGUGGUGGUACAUUUGGAAUUGUUACUCAAUGGAAAUUAAAAACCAUUCAAGCAUGGGUAGAGGCUACCAAUUUUAAUACCGAUUUUAAUAUCGCAGAUUUUAAUAUAGUUCUCAAGUUGUUUUCUAACUGGGCUUAUAAUGCAAAUUUUAGUUUAUCCACUUUUUUAUAUUUUUCAAAUAAGGAACUUAGGAUAAUUGGAACCGGAAUAUGUAACAAAGAUUUAAUGCACAAAUGGCUUUUUGAAAUUGAAUUAUUUAAAAUUGUAGGUGCCAAGACACAUAAGCAAACCUGCAAUCAUUUGCAAUCUAGAGCAUAUUUUUUGGAUAAUGAAAAUAUUAGAGAAAAACUUUGCACCCAAAGAAUUAAUUUAUUAAAUAUUGGUAUAGACCCACUUGGUCCUAACGACAAUAUUACAAUUUCACCACCAACUCUUGUAACCGAAGGAAUUAUCAAUACUAUUCCACCAGGGUUUAAACAAAAUAGAGAAUUGGUAAAAACCAAAUCAUUUUUUUUUAAUGCUAGUGCCUUUAGUGAUGCUAAUAUUGCCACAUUGAAUAAUCUUCGGACUACCAUGCCAGAUGGCGCAUAUGCAGAAUUAACAUCGUAUGGUGGCUAUCUUGAAACAUUGCCCACAAAUCUUACAGCAUUUAGUCACAGAACUGGUACUGCAUACCAUAUAUUACUUAAUGUCCCUUUGACCGGAAGUGAAACAGAUGUUAAUGCAAAAUUAGAUUAUGUCAAACUAUGGGAAAGUACUGUUGGGCCAAUAUCAAAUGAUUUAGGAGAUCAAUUUGGUGAAAAAUAUUUUGGAGACAACUAUAAAAAACUAAAAGAAAUCAAAUCAUCCUAUGAUCCAACAAAUCUUUUUGUUUCCAGUCAAUCAAUACCGCCAGAUCCAACCACGCCAAAUCCAACCACGCCAAAUAUACCACCAUCUUUGCCUAAUAUCAAUCAAUGUCCACUUGGAUUUUUUGGUGGCAAUGAUCCACCAGAAUUAAAUGAAACUAAAGCAUUUUCAUCCGAACAAAAGGGUAACAUUGACAGAGUAUCAAAGCAAGAUCACAAGUGA